CGUACCCUCCCCAGACCCCUUAGAUGACGUCCGUAUCGACGAUGAAGUUCGAGAUCAGAUAAAGAUCCUCGGCAAGGCCGUACGUCACCAUACAGCUGCCUUGGCGUCCGGCGAUGUCUUUAGGACCGGUUCUCCCAUCAAGCAGAAUAUUUCCACUUCAACAAACCCUCCUCCUCUGCGCAGAGGUCCCAGUCUCACCGCCGCUGGUCGUCUUCGGAGACGUGGGUGGCGGGCGUCCAGCCGACCAUCUAUGUUUUUCGCUCCCGAGGCGAGUGCGGAGAACGGGUGGAGUGUGCGGGUUGACGAGGAAGAAGAGGAAGACAACACGCCUAGUCAGAGCAUGACUGGGUUAAGGACGGAAGACUCUAGCUACGCACCAACCAUUGACACGACCGUGAGUACUUUGACUGGGACAGCCACGGUGAGAGGAGAUGGUUUGAUCAAUUUUGAGGAGAAUCAAAAAACCCCACAGGCGGAUUUCGGGAGAAGACCAAUGCGGACGGAAUCGAAUGGAUCUAGUGAGGUAACGCCUGUCGCGCCGGAUCCCAGGAAAAGAUAUGGUGGGGAGUAUCAGUAUGAAUGAGACAUAUCUUGUGUUCCGGCUACGAUGCAUUAGAUUCAUCAUUCG